CUUUUCUUUAACCUUCUAAACAAAAAGAAAAAUCAUUUCUUCCCCUGAGAGCCGCGCCCAUUUACCUUCUAACUUGUGUUUAAUUCCAUUUCGCAUUCACCUGAGAUUUUAUUAUUUACUUUUCUUCUCUCUUUUCUCUCUUUCUCUUUUUUUCUCUUGACAUACAAAACGAAAUGUAACCCACCCCCCAGAUGGCGCUGCUUUCGAAAAACAAGUUUCUUGGUUGGAACUUUUUCUUUUUUUGUUGUUCAAGUUUCUUUCUCUUUCUCUUGUUCUUGAAACAUUUGAACUAAUUCCUAUUAACUUAGAGAAUAAUAAUUAUCCAUUCAAUUGUUAUCAAGGAAAGAAACUAAAGAAAGAAAAAAAAAGAAAUAUCAAGAGAAAGAGAAAAAGAGAGAAGAACAAAAAUGGUAAAUUCUCUUCUACCCCAAAGAUGGCGCUUCUAAUGGAUCUUCAAUUUCUCUUCACAAUUGGAAUGUUUGAUUUUUCCACUUUUAUUGUGAAUUUUUUUUUUCUACUCUCAGAUUUAGUAAAUUGUUUAUCGAUUAAUAUUAUUUAAUUUCUAUUGUUGAUUGUUACUCGUUCAUUUGAUAGUUUUGUCAAUCUCUUCUUCUUUUGUCCUCCUUCCCUUUUUCCUCUUCUCUCGUCAAACUCCACCAAAACUCCAUCUUCAUCAUCAUCUUCAUUUCUCAUCUUUAGCUCUUCUUUUUUUUUCAUCUUGUUUUCCCACCAAGGAAUGGCCAGUGUCCGUCGCUAUGCAAAUAUCUUGGUUACCGGAACUCCAGGUACUGGUAAGACUUCAGUUUGUGAGAAACUUUUAAGUUCCCUCCAUAAUUACCAAUACAUCAAUGUAAGUGAAUUUGCUGCUGAAAGGCAACUUUACAUUGAAUAUGAUCAUUCACUUGAAUGUCAUGUAUUGGAUGAAGAUGCUGUUGUUGAACAGAUGAGGCCUAUCAUGGAGGAUGAUCAAGGUGGUGUCAUUGUUGAUUUUCAUGGUUGUGACCUUUUCCCUGACGAUUGGUUUGACCAAGUUUUCGUUCUACGCACUUCCAAUACUCCCUUAUUUGAUCGUCUAUCGGAUCGUGGUUAUUCACAGAAAAAGCUUGAUACCAACAUGGAAAGUGAAAUAUUUCAAGUCAUCUUGGAUGAGGCAAAAGCAACUUUUGAGAAAGAUAUGAUCAAUGAAUUGAACAACGAUGAACCUGAUGAUCUAGAUGCUAAUGUAAAUCACAUUCUAGAUUAUAUAGAAUGUCGCAAUAAUCGUCAUUACGAUGAACUAAGAUAAACCAAUAACCAAAUAUUCACACAUACACACAAACAUACACACAAUUUAUCCACCUAAUCGUAAAAGCAAUGACGGGAACUGGCAAAGCAAAGUUUUCUGCUUUUCAUCGCAAUAAUACAAAUAAUCACAAUCAUAUUAAGAAAAAGUUGAUGAGUUAAAAAAAACCAGAGAUUGAAUUAAAUGGUGAAAAAAGGGGUUUGAUAA